GUCUCUCUGCCACCUUCCAACUCACUAAUCUCAAAUAAAUAUUAUCUCUCUCCCCUCCACUCUCCCACACUUUUUACAGAGACCAAGUCUCAACUGUGUGUGUGAGAGAAACAAAGAAAUAGAUAAUAAAAAUAGUGUGUGUGUGUGUGAUCUAAAUGAAAGGGGAUGUUGGGGGAAAGAUGGUAAUUAAGUCAAAACUGAAGUGGGUUGGCUUAGUAGGAUUAGUACUAUCUGCUUUAUCUCUUUUUACUCACUUUCUUCUAGCUAGAUAUUCUUCUUAUACAGAUGUAGAAAGUGUUACUAGUACUGAAUAUCAAGCUAUUACCAUCUUUUCUUGGAGACCCAUUUUUGAAGCAGAUCUUUCCCCAAAUAGUAAAUUGUAUAGAAGAUUAUGGGGGCCUGUUAGGCGUUUUGAAUCUUUGCAGCCACAUGCUAAACCUAGAGAACAAUAUGCAGUUCCGGUUUCAGAGUCAGAUAGAUUUAUUUUUGUACGGAUACGUGGUGGAUUUCAUGAGAUUAGGAGCUCGAUAUGUGAUGCUGUUGUUAUUGCUCGGCUUCUCAAUGCUACACUUGUUAUUCCUGAAAUCCAAUCGACCACAAGCAGCAAAGGAAUAAGUGCUCAAUUUAAGAGUUUUGCUUACCUUUACAAUGAGGAUCAAUUCAUGGCUGCCUUAGCGAAUGAUAUCCCUGUAGUAAAAACCCUCCCCAAAAGCCUUAAAGGAGCUAGAAGAAAGAAGGAAAUCCCUUCGUUUAAAGUGUUUAACUCACAGUCUCCCUAUUAUUAUUUACACCACGUUCUCCCAGUUUUGAAACGGCACUCUGUGGUGGAGCUUGUUGUUUCCGAUGGUGGAUGCUUGCAGGCUAUACUUCCUCCAGAUCUUGAGGAAUAUCAACGGCUGAGAUGUCGUGUUGUAUUUCAUGCUUUAAGCUUCCGACAAGAGGUCCAGGAAUUGGCAACCAAGAUUUUACAUAGGUUAAGGGCACCCGGAAGGCCAUUUAUAGCGUAUGAUCCAGGGAUGACAAGAGAUGCUUUAGCAUAUUAUGGUUGUGCUGAGCUCUUCCAGGAUGUACAUACCGAACUUAUUCAGCACAGACGAUUGUGGAUGUUGAAACGUGGAAUUGUGAAGGGAAAUCUUACUGUGGACUCGAAUGCACGACGUCUAAAUGGUUCUUGUCCCCUUAUGCCAGAAGAGAUUGGCAUCAUCCUUCGUGCAUACGGAUAUUCUUGGGACACAAUAAUCUACAUAUCCGGAGGAGAAGUCUUCGGUGGGCAAAAGAAAUUGAUUCCAUUUCAUGCAAUGUUUGAGAAUGUGGUUGACAGAACAUCUCUUACUACACCUUGGGAGUUAAACAAAAUAUAUGGUCGCGAAGCCAACCUCGUUGACAAAUAUACAAAAACCCCACCUUCUGCAGAGAAGGAAAUGAAAUAUGAAUCAUGGAAAACAUCGGGUCAACGUCCACGUCCACUCCCGCCACCUCCUGCCAGGCCGAAGUCAUAUAACAUUGAAGGAUGGUGGGGUUGGGUGGCUGAGAGUGAUAAUGAGCCCGAGAGUACUGUGAUUGAGUUGAGAACUAAUGCUCAUAAGCUGCUGUGGGAAGCAAUUGAUUACUUGGUGUGUGUUGAAGCUGAUGUAUUUGUUCCUGGUUUUGACCGUGAUGGUAAAGGAAGGCCUAGUUUUGCUAGUUUGGUGAUGGGGCACAGACUCUAUCAAUCUGCUACAGCUAAAUCUUUCAGGCUAGACAGGAAAGAAGUCGCAAAGCAUAUGGAAGAAAUCAGUGACCAUUUAUACGAAGUCAACCAGACGUGGAUCAAAUCGGUGAGAAGUCACUUGAAAAAAAGCUUGCUUGAUGGAUUAACUGAGGAAUCAAAAGUAUCAAAGUCUUUAUCUUUUCUUUCUUUUCCGGUUCCUGAAUGUUCUUGUUUGAGAUCCGAGUCAAAUGGAGCAUCAUCUUAUGCUUCAGCUUCCCAACUACCAGCUGCGGUUAAAACUGCUCGGUCAUGUCCUGCUUGGAUGGGUAAAGAUGCAUCUUCACGUCCAGGGGAGAAGGAAAAUGAUGAUGAUCUAGAUGAAGAUGAUUCUGGACCUUUUAGUUUGUUUUUCCGUCAAAGUGCAGGUUCUAGUAACAGAAAUACUGCAAGUAGUGGUGUUAGAGGUGGUGGAGAGAUGAUGAGCAGCAAAGAAGAGACUCAGAUGGAAGAUCAAGAAGAAAUGGAGGGCGGAGAUUGAUAGAUUACUGAAUCAGAAGGCCCCCUAAUUGUAGUCUAACUUUAGUUAUCUGUACAGUUGGAACACAUCAUGGUUAAACUGUUCUAUUUUGUAAGUACAGUAUAACUUUUGAUGUCAAGGCUGUUGUAUUUUAACUCCUAUAUUCAUUAGUAUUAUUUGAACUUUAGAAUAUUCUUUGUCUACAUUCAUUUUCACAGAUAUAAAAUGGAAUUUUUUUUUAA